UCAUAUGAGUUUGUUUACCUAUUGUGGCGUGCUUGUGAUGCAUCGUGUUUUUCAGUGAAUUUUGCAUAAAAACUUCUCAAAACUACAGAUUAGCGCUGCUAAGUUUUAAUUAAACGCCAAAAAAUGAAACUGCUCACGUAUAACUUUCUUACAUCCAAGUGCAUUCGGGGUGUGAAGGUUGGCUUUCCGUUAAAACUGAAGAUCGUGGAGAAAAAAGAGGUAUCAUCGGAUUUCAAUUCAGAGUUUAUCGUCCGUAUGAUUCCUCGUCUGGACUGGGGUGCCAUCAAAUUGGCUGCUAAUCACAUUGGUACCGAACUUCCUGACACAAUACCGGAGGACAUUUCGUCGGACUCCGAAACCCUGCAGAAGAUUCACCACGUCCUGAUGGAGGUGGAUAUCGUUGAAGGAUCCCUCGAGUGUCCGGAAACUGGUCGAGUUUUUCCCAUCACCGAUGGAAUUCCGAACAUGUUGCUGAACGAAGACGAGGUGUAAACUCGCGAAGCUUCCACAGGGCGAGUCGAAGAAGGAAUAGGCAGUAAUGUUUGUGACGGAUUAGAAUGCUUCUUUUUGUAUUGCAAAUACAUAAUUUCUAACUGACAACCGCUGCGCAAAACUUGAUUGUAUUUAAAUUCAUACUAUCAGCUUAGUAAUAGAAUGUAUCUGAAUCAUACAAUGACGUUUUA